AUGCCAACCGAAGAUCUCGUGCAGAUGCUCUGGUCAGAAACCAGCGCUAGACAAGUGCAACUCGACUCCAUCGAUCGAUUGAACAUCGCAAUCCUCUCGCAAUGUUCCAGGGAUCACCCUGCAGACACCCUGCAACAUGUACAGGUGGAUAAUGCAAUUCAAGCAGAGACGGAUGUUCCUUCAAACGAUAGUCUGUUGUGCUCUGAUGAUGUAUUUCAUGAUCAUGAAGUCAAUGCUGACUCCGCUAAGCAAAACAGUGUCAUAGAACCGGAUGACCAGAUCCGAGAUCUCGAUUCGAAACCAUUAAAGGAUGAUGCUGAGACGUCGAAGACUCGGCAACGACGGCUGCAGUGGACGGAAGUUGAUAUGUUACUGCCUCAGCAGCCAGUCCUGUCGGAAGAAAAGCGCUCCCCGAACAAAAAGGGACGUCUCUUUGAAUCGCUAGGUCAGUGUCUACCUCUCAUGGUAAUGCCGUUGAUUAUGCUAACAGAAGAGUUGAAAGCUGCGCUCUCCUCCUUGAAGCAAAGGCGAAGUGGAGGAAGAAUUCGUAUUCUCAAGAAGACUCUCGAGACCCUGGACGAUAUUGGCGUUGUCAAGUUGCUUCGAGCUUCAAAGAAAGAAGCACAAGCGAACGCUAUGCUUCUACCGUACUGGACAGUCAAUUUUGGAGAAGGCCUUUUCCUCAGAAACGAUGGCAAUGUCUUUUCUCGGAAUAGAGUGCAUGGCCCUGCAUCGCGAGGCACCUAG